AUGCACCUGGAAACGCAGCGGACACAGCAGCAGCAUCCGCAGCUACAGCAGCAGCAGCACCUGCAGCUACAACGGCAGCAGCGGCAGACGGAGCCUUACCCCGACGAGCUGCAAGAGCAGCAGCACUCUAUAUUGUCGGAGCUUCAAAGAAAACAAGGGAAGAAGGAGCAACGAGAGCUGCUGCACCAGCGCGAGCUGCGAACGCAGCGCCAUAUGCUAAAGACGUCAUGGAAGACGGCGCAGCAGCAGGAGCACCAGAAGCAGCAGGCGCAGCAGUGGAAGCAACAGCAGCAGCAGGGGAGCUUCAGCAGCAGGAACACGUGCAUGACCGCCGGCCGCAGAUCACGCAGGAGCACGCGCUGA